GGGGUGAGCAGGGGAAGGAAAGAAAGGCUGAGCAGUGGAAGCCCAGGCGCUCUUCCUCCAAGCCUGGAGCAAGCCACCGUGCUGGGACAGACGCCUGCUGCAGGAUGGCUCGGAAGAUGAGUGUCUGUGAGCUGGAGGACCAGUUGCUCUGCCCCAUCUGCCUGGAGCUCUUAAAGGAGCCCCUGAUGCUGCAGUGCGGGCACUCCUUCUGCAAGUCCUGCGUGGGGUCCCUCGUGUGCAACCUGGACCAGCAGCUCCUGUGCCCCGUGUGCCGCCAGGCUGUGGACUGCGGCACCUUGCUGCCCAACGUCACGCUGGCCUGCGUCAUCGAGGCGCUGCGGACCAUGGGCAAUUCAGAUCCCAACCAGGAGUCCUGCCCUGUCCACCACAACCCCCUCAGCCUCUUCUGUGAGCAGGACCAAGAGGUGAUCUGUGGGCUGUGCGGCAUCAUCGGGGCUCACCGUCAGCAUAAGAUCAUGCCUGUCUCUACCGUAUACAGCCGGAUGAAGGAGGAGCUUUCAGUGCUAAUAACGGAGGUCCAGCAACACAAGAGGAAGCUGGAUGAGCACAUCAGCAAGCUGGUUAACAAUAAAACCCGGAUCACAAAUGAGUCGGAUGUCUUCAAGUGGGUGAUCCGGAAGGAGUUCCAGGAGCUGCACCGAUACAUUGACGAGGAGAAGGCCAGCUUCCUGGGGAGCAUUGAGAGGAAGGCUGGCCACCUCAUUGCCUCCAUCGAGUCCCAGGUCACGCAGACGUCAGACGCCCUGCACAAGCUGCAGGAGAUGGAGAGCUCGCUGGAGAAACUCAACAAUGAAACUCAGCUGGAUUUCAUCCGGAACUAUGGCUCAUUCCCCUCCAGGUCAGAGUUUCUCCCCCAGCACCCAGCUGAAGGGACCUUCAGCGCCAUCUCCUUUAAGCCAGGUUUCCACCAAGAUGACAUCAAGAUGACAGUAUGGAAACGUCUGCUCCGCAGAGUCCUGCCAGCCCCAGAGACCCUGAAGCUGGACCCGGUGACAGGACACCCUCUGCUGGAGCUGACCAAGGACAACACCGUGGUGCAGAGCAGGCUCCUCUACCAGCGCCGGGGCAGCAUCCCUGAGCGCUUUGAGGCCAGCAACUGCAUCCUCGCCAACAAGGGCUUCUCCUGGGGCAAGCACUACUGGGAGGUGAUCGUCGGCACCAAGAGCCACUGGCGCCUGGGCAUCAUCAAGGGCACAGCCAGCCGCAAGGGCAAGCUGAACAAGUCUCCCGAGCACGGCGUGUGGCUCAUCGGCCUGAAGGAAGGCAAGAUCUACGAGGCCUUCAACACCCCCCGCACCACGCUGCCGCUCACGGCCCGGCCCCAGCGCAUCGGCGUCUACCUGCACUACGAGAAGGGCGAGCUGACCUUCUACAACGCCGACAGCCCCGACGAGCUCGUCCCCAUCUACACCUUCCAGGCGGAGUUCCAGGGCAAGCUCUAUCCCAUCCUAGACAUGUGCUGGCACGAGCGGGGCACCAGCGCUCUGCCCAUCGUGCUGCCCACGCCCGCCAUGAUUCAACACACACACGCUCCCGACAGCAGCCUGGACCCACCGGAGCCCACAAAGCUAUAG